CAAGGUUUUUAUUAUUAUUAUUUUAUUCCUUCCUGUAUCUAAUCUCACUGAAUUUGUUAUGCUCCAUGGCUGUUGAGAUUUCUUUUUAUUGCAUAGCCAUGAUGUCCAUAAAUCACCUUAUGCUAGCUGAUUUUUUAAAUUGUCCUUUACUGUGCAGUCACGAAUUUUAGGUUUUUUUUUUUUUGGUCAAAUGUUGGAAACUUAUUGAAUGGAGAGAUUGCUUUGGUUGUUGUUGUAAGCAGGCACUUCUCCUCCUCCUCCUCCUCUUAUUAUUACUACUACUACUACUACUGAUUUUGGCAGUAGAUAUGAUGUGGAAAGGCUUGCAAUGAAACUGUACGCUUCAAAAUCAAUGAACUUUCAUAGCUAUGAGAUCUGAGGGCAUUGUGGUUUCUCUUUUUUGUUGUUAAUAGUUCAAAGGCGUCCACAAUAUUGUCUCGGAGUCAAUUUCUAACUGCUUCCCUCUCACAUAAUGUCCUGAACCUUCAUUUUUUUUUUUCUUGUUGGAUUUGCCCAAUGAUGGAGUGGUUGCAUUGGUAAUUUGUCGUUAGUCUUCACAAACCACCUCUCUAAUGCUCUCUAUCUCUGUGAGUGAGUGUGUGGGUGGGACUUGGAUUUGUGUGUUUUUGGUGGUGUGUAAAGGCCAUUAGCAUUAUACCACAAUUUUCAAUUUUGUCAAUUCAACACCAAAACUCAAAUUUAGAAAGCAAUCACUUUCUUCAAUAGGAUUCUCUCCCCUCUAUAACUAGGGUUCUAGCCUCGUGUUGAAUUAAUGAAAAGAGAGGUAUCUUACACUUGUAGUGCUUGCUAUUGGCAUUAAUCUUUUUGUACCGUCUCUGUGUUGAUUAGCUGACUACCUCUCGGACAUGUUCGCGCAGGAUUUGAGUUAAGAAACAUGAUGGAUGGCAUUUGGUUGAGCCAAUUGGCAGUGUAACCUUUUGAUUUCUCUUCCUUAAGUUGUCUGCAUGUGGAUUCUCAUAAACUUUUGUUUAUAGAAAUCUUGCAAGGAAUGAAGGAAAUGUGUUUGUAUCAUUGUAAUGUACGUGUACACCCGCCAUUUUAAUGUGCUCCUUUUUAAAUUGCUA